GACUACGCACACGGCCGUCUCCUUCAAAAGGCGAGACGACGAGCGGAGAGAGAAGAACCGGGGCGGAGGAUAGGAAGGCCAUGGCGGAGGGGCAGAGGCGCGCUCACAUCCUGGUGAUCCCGUACCCGGCGCAAGGCCACAUGCUCCCCCUCCUCGACCUCGCCAGCCUCCUCUCUGACCGUUUCCGCCUCGUCGUCACUGUCGCCGUCACCCAGGGCAACCUGCCUCUCCUCUCCCCGCUCCUCUCCCGCUCUCCCGCCGUCUCUACCCUCGUCCUUCCCUUCCCAGAAAACCCGUCCCUCCCCCGGGGGCUCGAGAAUACUAUGUUCCUCUCCUGGCCCCAGUUCGGCCUCCUCCACCGCGCCCUCGGUGGCCUCCACGGCCCCAUCCUGCGGUGGGCCCGCGCCCGCCCCGACCCCCCCGACGCCGUCCUCUCCGACAUCUUCGUCGGUUGGACUGCUCGACUUGCAGCCGAGCUGGGAGUUCCCCGCCUCGUCUUCAGCCCCUCCGGCGCCUUCGCCCUUGCCGUCAUGAACUCGCUAUGGCGCCGGAUGCCACAAAGGUCCGACGUUGACGACCCCAACGAGCUCGUCGCCUUCCCUUCCAUUCCAGGGUCGCCCGUUUAUCGCUGGUGCGAGCUCUCCACCCUCUGGAGAAGUUACAAACGGGGCGACCCUGUCUCCGAGUUCAUCAAAGAGGGGAUGCUGGCCAACCUCGGGAGCUGGGGGCUGGUCGUCAACACCUUCUCCGACCUCGAGGGGACGUACUUGGAUCAUCUGCGCAACGAAUACCUUGGCAACCCGCGGGUCUGGGCGGUGGGGCCCCUAGCGCCGUCCCACGGCACUGCCUCCGCCGCCGAGCGCGGAGGUCCGGUGUCGGUCCCGGCAGAGAAGGUGGCUGCGUGGCUGAACGGCUGCGAGGAGGGGUCCGUGGUUUACGUCGCUUUCGGGAGCCAGGCGAUGCUGUCGCCGCCUGCGGCGGCGGCUCUGGCGGCGGGACUGGAGAGGAGCGGCGCUAGGUUCGUGUGGGCAGCAAGGGCUGGCACGGCGGUGCCGGAGGUGUUCGAGGAGCGGGCGGCGGGACGGGGGCUAGUUAUCCGGGGGUGGGCGCCGCAGGUGGCGAUCUUGGCCCACCCGGCGGUGGGGUCAUUCGUGACCCACUGCGGGUGGAACUCGGUGAUAGAAGCGGCAGCGGCGGGGGUGGCGCUGCUGGCAUGGCCGAUGGGGGCGGACCAGUUCACGAACGCGCAGCUGCUGGUGGAGGCCGGGGUCGGGGUGCGGGUGUGCGAUGGCGGUCCCACCUCGGUGCCGGACCCAGACGAGCUGGCACGGGCGGUGGCCGAGUCCGUAGGCGAGCCGGGAAGGGAGAGGAGGGAGAGGGCGAAGGCGAUGGGAACCAGAACGAUGCAAGCGACCACAGAAGGUGGCAGCUCGUACAAGGACCUCGUGAAGCUUGUGGGAGAGCUAUCCAAGCUUGCCACGAUGUGAAAGACGGACUAGAAAAAUGCUUUGUUUGUUUCUGUUGUGCGUUUGUGUUUUUGCUUCUCAAAUCAUGGAAAACUUCGCAGAUUGACAAGAAAUAGAAAAACAGUUGUUUUUA